AUGGCCUCACAGUCCUCAGCUGCUGCACCCAAGGACGACAUACGAUGCAGACGUCCGGCGACACCCGUGACACCUGCGAGUCCAAACCGAAGCUCGUUACCGUGCCAGGGACGCUACUCGGACCCGUCCCGGAGAUCAAAGUCGGCCCUGGAGCGAUCACGUAACCUUCUCGAUGUUUACUGCACGCCGACCAGGACUGCCAGUGGGAAGCGCAUCGAAGUCGUGCGUCCCCAACGAGGCAUUGUACGAAGCUCGACCCUCAACAACGGGGCACCAGGACACGACUCCUGGAACAAGUUCUCGACCGCAAGCAGUCCCUGCUCGCUGAUCCGUGGAACCGCAAACGUGACCGCGAGCAGCGGUCCGAUUUGCCGCAUUUGCCACGAAGGUGAACAGGCAGGACCGUUAGCGUCUUACUGUAUCUGUUCGGGCACCAUGGGCUUGAUGCACGCUCACUGCCUGGAACGGUGGCUGACUUCAAGCAACACGGACACGUGCGAAGUCUGUCACGAAACGUUUCCGACCGUCACGUACAAGAGGUCGUUCAAGGAGUGGGUCGGUGUCGACGUGAACAGAAAAGCGGUGGUUGCGGAUCUGCUCUGCUUUUUUCUUCUAAGUCCAGUAGCGGGGCUAGGGUCCGAAGUGUGCUUUCAGGGCGCAGCGCAGCAAGCGAAUGUGAGGAACGUCUGGCAAGCGGGUUGUUUGAUUCUGUUGUCCUGUCUGUUGGUCGGGGCGUUCUUCAUUUGGGCUUACCUCACGACGAAGCAUCAUUACAGAGCGUUCCGACAGUGGCAGAAUAUGAAUCCGAGGUACAAGGUUGUGCCCCUGAAGCGCUGCGCGGAGUCCAAAAUUGACGUGUCGUGCACUGCGCUUUGA